CUAAUUACAAUCGGUAAAAAAAUCGUAAUAAAUUGUUAUCUGAAUAAGAAAAUAAUAAAACAAACUCAAUGUAAUUAUUUUUUAUAUAAACUUAAAUGAAGUCUAAAACGUGUAAUGAUGUGAAAGAGAAAUAUUAAUAACGAAACAUUACAGAUACUAUAUAAGCACUUUCAAUAAACAUUAAAACUUAUUAGACUUGCAAAUUCGUGAAUAAACACACGAUGGAUGGCCCAUCAACUAAAAAAUCUACCUCAUUUGAGAGUCUUAUUAUUCAGAACAAAAACAAUCUCGACGAUCUAACAGCAAAAUUAAAAGACAUAAUUGCGGCUGGCAAAAACUAUGAAUAUGAUGUCUCAUCUUGUAUUAAGUCUUUAUUGAUAAGUAAAGAUGAAUCUAUUGUAUUAUUAUCUAUUCAGGCUGUUUCUGAGCUCGCAAAAUGUGAACACAAACGUGAAACUUACGCACAAAUAGAAAUCAUUAAACCUAUACUAAAUAUUUUAUCCAAAGAACUUUGUAUGGAUAAGUUUGAUCUUGUAAAACAAAGUCUUAGAGCACUAGGAAAUCUCUGCUGUGAUUGUCAUACUUCAAGAAACAUUGUGCUUCAAAAUGAUGGUGUACUAAUAUUGAAUACUUUGCUUGGAACUGCCAUUGUAAAUAUUGCAUUUGAUGAAUUAAAAAUACUCAUAUGUAAGGCAUUAAUGAAUUUUGCAAUCGGAGGAAAAGAAUUUUCAAAUUCUCUAGAAGAGUUUACUAUUGAGCAUGUCAAAAAUAUAUUAUUAUCAGAAUUGAGUAAAGAAGAUAUGAAUGAUGAUUUGAUAUCAACUGUAUUGUUGAUACUUAGUGUUAUAAAUGAUAAUGCACCUGAAUUCCUAUUUGCUGAUGAAGUUAAUUUAACAGUUUUAAAUGUUCUAAAAGAAACAACUAAUGUUGAUAUAUCAGAGCUGGCACUCGAACACUUGCAUUCACAAGUUCGUGAACAUGAUUCAGUAAAAACACUCCUGGCUAGAGAAGGAGGUGUGCAACUAGUUUGUUCUCGGCUGGACCAGUUAAUUCAAAGACAUGAAGUUGGAGAUCUCAAUGCUGAUGGUAGUCAAGUAGAGGUUAUUGUGAAACAAGCCUGUUAUCUCAUUAUACUUAUUUUGACUGGAGAUGAAGCAAUGCCAAUUCUCUACAAAGAUGGUGUAGGUGAAGUGUAUUUGACAAUGGUCAAGUGGCUUGACUCUCCAAACCACCAUUUGCUGGGAACGGCUUUACUGGCUAUUGGAAACUUUGCCAGACAGGAUGAAUACUGCAUUCAGAUGAUGAAUGAUAAGAUUUUCGACAAACUGUUAGAUAUAUUCGAAGUGUACCACAUCCUCAGCACAAAGCAAAAAGACACAAUUCCUAUAGACAAAUCUAUUUUGAAUCAAAUCCAGCACGCUGCAUUAUCAGCGGUGAGGAACCUGAGCGUUCCAGUGGUCAAUAAGAGAGUGGCCUCGGCCCAAGGAAAGGCUGCUCCGCUGCUUUUGAAGGCUCUACCCAGUGUCGAGGAUCAUCACGUGGCCUAUAAACUCAUGGCUGCCUUGAGAAUGCUAGUAGACAGACAAGAAAGCGUGGCCCGUCUAACAAUAGGCGACCGCGCGGCCCUAGAGGCGAUAGCUAAAUGGGGCGGGGCGGGUCAACACGCGGGCGCAGCGGGCGAAGCGCCCAGGCUUCUGGCGUGGAGCGUCAGGCACGUCAACGCGAGGGCUGGACUCAUACAGGCAAAAGGCUGCCUCCAAAACAUCGUUGAUAUGUUGAUAGCCCCGCACUCGGUGAUGCAAAACGAAGCCAUUCUCGCUCUCACAUUACUGGCCAUGGAAAUCCUCAACGAGGACCCUCGGGAAGCCUUUGUGGACCAGCUCUUGACGGCCGAAAUCGGUAAGCAUAUAUCCGUGUUGAUGGAGACGAAUUGCGCAAAGAUUCCGGUAGAGGUCGCUGAGAACUUACUGGCCUUCCUCGAUGUCACCUCGAAGUGUCCGAAAAUUUUGACCGACUACAGACAGACCAGGGUGAACAAUGCGUUGGAGAAACUUGUGGACGCAAGGAAUGAUUUUAAUGGAGAUUUGAAAUUGUGCGCGAAGGAAAUUGUUAGGAAAAUAGCUGAAAGUUAUGAUUAGUUCUUUUUUUUUUAAUAUUAUGCCAAUCGUUUUGGUUAUGUUUUAUUGAUUUUCGAGUCAAUUUCGUCUUCGGGAGCGUUCAAGUGUUACGUCACGCAAUUUUUGGAGAUGACAAACCCCCCCCCCCCUCGUGAAACGCGCCGUAACGUUUAUGUAUCCAAUAGUUAAACAUUUCGUGACCGAUCCCAGUGACUCUUUAUACCUAGAACUUAUCAUUAUGUCGUGUAAAGUACUGGAAAGUGGAAAAUAAUUUUACAAGAGGGCGAAAUGGGGGGGGGGGGGGGGGCAAAAUACGUUACGUCAUACUUGAACGCUUAACAAAAUUUAAAAACACUUACGAAAGUAAAUACCUGUUUGUGAAGAUUAGUUUAUAUAUAUGGUGUAAACUCUUUAUAAUGAAUUUCAAGAGACCGAGCAUUUUUUUUUUCGUUAUAUGGAGGGUAGUGUAAAAAACAAAUUUAACCAAUCACAAUAAUUUCUAAUUUUAUUAAUAUCAACAGGUAAAUUAUUCUAAACAUUAACUUUUCCUGACGUGCUUUGCUAUGUCAAUAUUUUUUUAUGGAUUUUUAUGAGUAUUUUGCGUAUAUCUUGGAAUGUGGUGGAACUAUCUUCAUGAAACAAUAAGAUUUUUUUAAUGGCACACGUCUUAAUGCAAUUAACAAUAAAAAGACGACUGUUUAUGACUUAAAGUGUCUUUCUUAGAAAUGUCGGCACCUCCAAAGGUAAGUUUUGUAAGCUGUAUGUUGUCGAAAUAUUUCUUCGUAAUAGAGGAAGACUGUUGCCUUAUAACGAGUGAAUUAAUGUAUGGGUUUUGUGUUAAACCAAGCAAAUUUAUACCCUUUACGUUAUAGAGAGUUUUCUCCUGAUAACGAUUGUCGUUAUAAAGAGUUUAGACUGCAUUUAUUUAUAUAUUUAUCAUACGACAAAAUACUUAUUAAAUUAUUUACAAUCUUAACCUACGCAAAUAAUGAAUAUUUCAGUAUUUAUUUAGGCUUUCUAACAUGUGCUAGUUUUUUAUUGAAAUCAACGGCGUAUGUCAGGCACAGGAGACUGAUCACCUAUUAGACAAAUGAUCACGAAACAGAUACAAAAUCUGACGCCCAGACCUAUAAAGCUUGUAGCGGGCUUAUUUUAUAUUCUAGUUUAAUUUUCAUAUAAACCGGUUUAGUACUCUUCGGUAUCAAUCUUUUCAAUAAAUCAAAUCAAUUAAGUGUUUAAAGUCAUAAUUUACAUAUAUUAGCUUAAAAGUUACGGCUGUAACUCUCGGAUUAUUAACGUCGUGAACCCAGCAUAGUAUGAACACAUAGUUUUAAAAGUUACGCACAAUAUACCUUGUAUGGCAAAACAUGUGAGUACUAAUAAUGGAAUUGACGUGUUAUAUUUAUGAGGUUUAACUAGACGUUCAUUAAUUAAUCUAAAAACGCCUAUUUUGUCAUACCAUAGAUGUAAGUUUAAUGUAGACAAUUCGGCUGGAAUUUUUAACACUGCCUG